AGGUUUACUUGUUUUAGAGGAGGAGGGGCAGAGGGCGAGGGAAAGAGAGCAUUUCAAGCGGUGCAGAGCUUGAUCUCAUGACCCUAAGAUCAUGACCUGAGCUGAAACCAAGAGUCAGAUGCUCAACUGGCUGGGCCACUCAGGCUCCCUGGAUAGUAGCACCUUCUUAACAUGAGGAAAGUGUAGAUGUGUGUAUGUAUGUAGUUGUGCAUCUAAAUAGACGUGUGAUUUAGAAUAGUACCUGACACGUGAGGAGCGCUGUUAGCUAUUAAAGCAUCAGACAACUGGGAGACAAGAUAUUAGGUGGAGAAAUGGAGAUGAAUAGUCAUGAUGGAGAGGCAGUGAUGGAGACUGGGAACUGGAGAGACAAAAAUGGAGCGUCAGAAAAAAAAAAACGACUGAAAAAACCAAAAACGACUGAACAAGCAAAUGAGAGGGCCGACAAGGAAUAGAGACGGAGGGUUGGAGAGAAUCUCAGACCUGAAGAUAAGAGAAACAGGAGAGACGGGACCAGACUAUGAAAGGGAAGAGGCUGAGCAUGGUUAGCUGAAAGACACAGGCUGAGGCAUAAGGAUGACAGCCAGAUUGGGGAGAGCUCAGGGAGCAGAGACAACCUCUGCAAGCUUCCACCAAGAGACCCAGAAAUGGUCAGAGAUGCUGUAACAGAGAAAUGAGGGGACCCAGGAAGUCUACAAGGUAGCCCACAAGAAGAGGCCCCCUUGAGAGCCAAGAUGUGUGGUCAGUUGGGCCUACCUAGGCAGCUGGGAGGAAUGCUCUUCAUUUCAUUCCCAAUCCUUUUCUCAGGAUCCUGGGCUCAGUAUCAACAGCCUUCUAGGGCCUCUUCCUCUUAAACUGCCUCCCCUGCAACAGGAGUUCCCUGGGAAGCCACUCUAGCAUCACCCAGCCCGUGUUUACCAGAAAGUGACGUGCAUAGGCCACUGCUCCCAUGAGAAACCACUCCGCCAGCUCACAGGCAUUCAGGGCCUGAAAGGCCAGGAUGGACUGAUGUCUGCCCCAGAGAUCAUUCCAGGAGUCAUGAGGUGCCUUGUGUGUUGCCAGCUUUGAGCUGGGCCCCUGAGCACUUGCUCUGUCAUUGCCUGUGGUUGUCCUGUACCAUUGAUGAAGAGGAAGAUUGUAUCUUUGCCGAGAAGAGUGGUUCCUUAUUGCAGGCACUGACCUCUCACUGUGACUCUGAGACAGCACUAUGACCACCCCCAGCAUGCCUCCUCCCAGAACAAAGGAGGGCAGGGAUCACCGAGGCCGACACUGGGACCCCAGUGAGGAGGAGGCCCCUGAGAAAUGGGACUGGAAUUGUCCAGAGACACGUCACCUUUUCGAGGAUGCCUUUUUCCGUGAAGAGGAUUAUAUCCGCCAGGGUUCUGAGGAGUGCCAGAAGUUCUGGAGCUUCUUUGAACGUUUGCAGAGAUUCCAGAAUCUCAAGACCGCCAGGAAGGGGGAGAAAGACCCUGCGCCACCCAAGCACAGUGUCCCAGCACUGGCUGACCUACCUCGCACUUACGAUGCCCGCUACCGCAUCAACCUCUCUGUCCUGGGCCCCGACACUCGGGGCUCUCGGGGGCUGGGCAGGCAGCCCCCAGAGAGAGUGACUGAGUUCCGCCGAGCACUGCUGCACUACCUGGACUUUAGCCAGAAGCAGGCAUUUGGGAGGUUGGCCAAACUGCAGCAUGAGCGCGCAGCGCUUCCCAUCGCCCAGUACGGGAACCGCAUCUUGCAGACACUGAAGGAGCACCAGGUGGUGGUGGUGGCCGGUGACACGGGCUGUGGCAAGUCCACCCAGGUGCCUCAGUACCUACUGGCUGCUGGCUUCAGUCACGUAGCGUGCACCCAGCCCCGGCGGAUUGCCUGCAUCUCCCUGGCCAAGCGUGUCAGCUUCGAGAGCCUCAGUCAGUAUGGCUCACAGGUUGGUUACCAGAUCCGCUUUGAGAGCACGCGUACGGCAGCCACCAAGAUCGUGUUCCUGACGGUGGGGCUGCUCCUGAGGCAGAUCCAGCGGGAGCCCAGCCUGCCCCAGUACCAGGUCCUGAUAGUGGACGAGGUCCACGAGCGGCACCUCCACAACGACUUCCUUCUGGGAGUCCUCCGGCGCCUGCUGCCCAAGCGGCCUGACCUCAAGGUCAUCCUCAUGUCGGCCACCAUCAACAUCUCGCUCUUCUCCAGCUACUUUGGCACGGCGCCCGUGGUGCAGGUGCCCGGGAGGCUGUUCCCCAUCACGGUCGUGUACCAGCCACAGGAGGCAGAGCCAGUGGCAUCCAAGUCGGAGAAGCUGGACCCUGGGCCUUUCCUGAGGGUGCUGGAGGCCAUCGACAAUAAGUACCCACCCGAGGAGCGGGGCGACCUCCUCGUCUUCCUUAGUGGCAUGGCGGAGAUCAGCUCAGUACUCGAGGCUGCCCAGACCUAUGCCAGCCGCACCCAGCGCUGGGUGGUGCUGCCGCUGCACAGUGCCCUCUCCGUGGCCGACCAGGACAAGGUAUUCGAUGUGGCCCCCCCUGGAGUUCGGAAAUGCAUCCUCUCCACCAACAUUGCUGAGACCUCUGUCACCAUUGAUGGGAUCCGCUUUGUAGUUGAUUCUGGGAAGGUGAAGGAGAUGGGUUAUGACCCGCAGGCCAAGCUGCAUCGGCUCCAGGAGUUCUGGAUCAGCCAGGCUAGUGCCGAGCAGCGCAAGGGCCGGGCAGGCCGCACGGGCCCUGGCGUCUGCUUCCGCCUCUAUGCUGAAUCGGACUAUGAUGCCUUCGCCCCUUACCCUGUUCCGGAGAUUCGGAGGGUAGCCCUGGACGCACUGGUGCUGCAGAUGAAGAGCAUGAGCGUGGGGGACCCUCGAACCUUUCCUUUCAUUGAGCCCCCGCCACCAGCCAGCCUGGAAACGGCCAUCCUCUACCUCCAGGACCAGGGGGCUCUGGACAGCUCCGAGGCCCUCACCCCUAUCGGGUCCCUGCUGGCCCAGCUGCCAGUGGACGUCGUGAUUGGGAAGAUGCUGAUCCUGGGCUCCAUGUUCCACCUGGCGGAGCCUGUGCUCACCAUUGCAGCCGCCCUCAGUGUCCAGUCACCCUUCACCCGCAGCGCCCAGAGCAACCCCGAGUGUGCGGCAGCGCGGCGGCCCCUGGAGAGCGACCAGGGGGACCCCUUCACGCUCUUCAACGUCUUCAACGCCUGGGUGCAGGUAAAAUCCGAACGGAGCAGAAACUCACGCAAGUGGUGCCGCCACCGGGGCAUAGAGGAGCAUCGGCUGUACGAGAUGGCCAACCUGCGGCGCCAGUUCAAGGAGCUGCUGGAGGACCAUGGCCUGCUGGCCCGGGCGCAGGCCCCGACACCAGGGGACAGCUACCAUAGGUUGCAGCAGCGCCGCGAGCGCCGGGCGCUGUACCGCCUGAAGCGCCAGCACGAGGAGGGCGGGGGGCGCCGGCGCAAGGUCCUGCGGCUGCAGGAGGACUUGGAUGGCUGCUCCAGCGAUGAGGACCGGGGGGCCGGCGACAGCGUGGACAUCCAGGACGUGAAGUUCCAGCUGCGGCACAGCCUGGACCAGCUGCAGGCAGCCACCAGCUCCGCCCAGGACCUGACACGGGACCAAAUGGCCCUGCUCAAGCUGGUGCUGGGUCGGGGCCUCUACCCGCAGCUCGCUGUCCCAGACCCAUUCAACAGCAGCCGCAAGGACUCGGACCAGAUUUUCCACACGCAGUCCAAGCAGGGCACUGUGCUGCACCCCACCUGCAUCUUUGCCAACAGCCCUGAGGUGCUGCACGCACAGGAGCAAGAGGCCAGGGGCAGCGAAGGGAGUCAAGAUGACAAGGACAAGAUGAGCAGCAAGCACCAGCUCCUCACCUUCGUCUCCCUGCUGGAGACCAACAAACCAUACCUGGUGAACUGCGUCCGCAUCCCCGCUCUCCAGUCCCUCCUGCUCUUCAGCCGGUCCCUGGACACCAAUGGUGACUGCUCACGCCUGGUGGCCGAUGGCUGGUUGGAGCUCCAGCUUGCGGAUAGUGAGAGCGCCGUCCGGCUUCUGGCAGCUUCCGUGCGGCUCCGGGCCCACUGGGAAAGCACCCUGGACCAGCAGCUGGCCCGGCAGGCCCGGCGGCGGGGGCCGGGGGUGGACCAAGAGGAGGAGGAGGCUCCAGUGGACCCCAAGGAGGUGGCACACCUGAGCAGGGACCUGCUGCAGUUCGUGGCGUCCAAGGUUCCCUACAGCCUCCGGCGGCUCACGGGGCUGGAAGUCCAGAACCUCUAUGUGGGACCCCAGACCAUCACAGCUGCACCCAGUCUCCCCGGCCUCUUCGGCAGCUCUGCCCUGUCCCCCCACCCCACCAAAGGGGGCUAUGCGGUCACGGACUUUCUCACCUACAACUGCCUCACAAGCGACACAGACCUGUACAGUGACUGUCUCCGCACCUUCUGGACCUGCCCCCACUGCGGCCUGCACAUGCCCCUGACGCCCUUGGAGCGCAUCGCCCACGAGAACACGUGCCCAGAGGCCCCGCAGGACGCCCCCCCAGAGGCUGAGGAUACUGCCCCCGAGCCCCUCCCCAAGGCGUCUGCCUUGCAGAGGCCCUACCACUGCGAGGCCUGCCAGAAGGACUUUCUGUUCACGCCCACGGAGGUGCUGCGGCACCGCAGACAGCACAUGUGAGCCCGGAGCCCCGCCUGCCCCCCCUGAACCUGCGCCCUGGGCUCAGAGCUCUGGUCUGGCCCACCUGGCAAGGAGGGAGUGUGGAAAUGUGAAUAAAGUCGAAUCGGCUGACCCUGACCUUUGAGCCUACUCCGGCCCCUCCAGGAAGCGCCAGCGGCCCGUCGUUGGUCCUCCCCACAGUCCGGCUCUCAUCCUGCUCGCUGCUGCGUGCCAUCCCAGGCUCCCAGGGCCCGAUCUGGGCAGGUGAGGCCAAGCAGGGGACUUCAGAGGACGUGGGCCCCGCUGGCUGCUGCUCUCUCCCGACUCUGUCCUCAUGGGUCCUGCUCAUCCCCAGACUAGGGAGACCUGCACUGUCCGUCCAUGAGAGUCACUUCGAGAACUGGGCGGGGAGUGGUGGGGGUGGGGGUGUCCAUGUCGAAGUGGGCCCACAUCCAGCACAGUCACUGGGGCCAUUCCUGCUGCGGGGUCCUUGGCAAUCCACAGUUGUCCCCUCUGACCCCCGGCCUGGCCCCGCCACACUCCUAUCGUGAGGAUGAUAGGGAAGUGCCUUGAUCCCUGCAUGCUGGUAAAUUCCAUGGCUCCGGUGAAAGACACAGAUGACAAACGCUCCCUCCAGAAGAAAGAAAUAACUUUCUGAUCAGCAUCACACUCAGGCCCAAACCAGACUGAGAGCAUCGGAAAAGCAAACUAGAGGCUCCUGUGUGAACACACACGCAAAGCCCUUAGUGAAAGUUUAGCUGCUCCCAUUCAGUGGCGUAGAUAAAGGCCAGUAAGUACAGAUGGCCAAGCGGGGUUCUAGGAGGACAGUUGGUUUAACAUUUGGAGACUAGUCAAUGGGAUUCACCGUAUUAAAAACAAAGCACAUCAGACAAAUUUCAGCACCUUGUGGCCUUGGGUAACCCCCCUGACCUCUCUGCUCAACUGUUUUUCUCCCAAAAAAACAUAGCCCAACUGUCCACUUAUCCCAGAGGCUUCAUUUUCAUACAGAAAUCUUGCCCUCGUAUUUUCUUCUCCCUGAGUGCGGGAGCAGAGCAUGGCUGUGGGGCUGUGGGGCAGGGGUCAGAGCCCGGAUAGAAGCCACGCCAGGUGUUUGAAACAGGAAGGGGUUUUGUAGGGGGAUGGGGGGGAGCGCUGACAACACCCGGGGAGGUGGAGCAGUGAGCUUGGGGUGGGUCUUUGGGAGUGACCCCAGGACCGCAGCACGGAAGAUCCACAGCAUGGAGGCCCCCCUGGACGGUGCAGACACAGGACGGGAGGAGGACGACAGGAAUCCACCAGAUUCACCUUCGGGGGUGCAGCUCCACACACCUUCCUCUGCGCAUACGCUUCCAGAUAUUUACAAACUGGUCAAGGUCCUGCGGUGCCCUUGGCUGUGUAACAGCUCCCUGGGAGCGACCUAAGUGUUUCCCAGGAUCAUUGAGCACUCGGCCGAAGGCUGACUCUACAAAUGGUGGUGAACCACUCCAAGUGUAGACAUCUCACCUGUGAAAACCCGGGUCCUUCUGUCGGCUAUGUGGACGGGUUCUCUGUUUUUAAUUUUUUUUUAAUUUUUAUUUAUUUAUGAUAGAGAGGCAGAGGCACAGGCAGAGGGAGAAGCAGGCUCCAUGCACCAGGAGCCCGACGUGGGAUUCAAUCCUGGGUCUCCAGGAUCACGCCCUGGGCCAAAGGCAGGCGCCAAACCGCUGCGCCACCCAGGGAUCCCUGUUUUUAAUUUUCCAAAUAGCGUGACAGCAGACGCCUUCGAUGCACCGAGGAAUCUCUGUCCACUUCUGAAAUCCCAUUUUUAAAAAGAUUUCCCCUGUUCUAGAAGGUUUAGAGAAGCUGGAAAUAGUAAGAAAAGAAUCCCUUGGAAUCCCCCACAUGCACCCAAGACUCGGGGACCGGCUGGUUGAUGAGCGCCGCUUGGACGGCGGUGGAUCCUGUUUGCUUCUUUCCACAAAGCAUCUGAGUAUAAACACAUCCUGGUUAUUACCGUGUGUCUGUCCCCUCGGUGAGUGGCCGGGCCUGCUCGGGGCCAUGACCGGUUUCCUUCCAUUCUGCUUGGCGCUCUGGGGGACCGGCUUCUGCAUUAUGCCUCUCCCCAAACUUCCGGCCCUUUCCUCAGGGCACGUUCCCAAGAGGGCAAUUAGUGGGUCAAAAGGUAAGAGCAUCUGUGAGGAGUCCUUGGCACAGACCGCGAGCUUCCACUCCUUUCUAACCACCUGCAUUUCUGGCCAACUGACAAGAGGAACUGCAUGCAUCCCGGUAUAGCGGCCAACACUCCGUGCUGACGGUGUGCCAGGCGCUGUUCUGGGAGACCUUUUUGUAUUGCUACAGACCUGGCUCCUUGUUUUCCCUGGCUGUAUAGCGGCCGGGUACAUGGAAGGGCCAAACUUAUUUAGCCAGGCCCACCUGGAGAGACAUCUAAGCUGUUUCCAAUCUUUUGCUCCUACAAAGAAAGCUGGCAUGAAUAUCCUGCCACGUGGGUCAUUUCCAGAUAUGUGUGUAUCUGCAGGAUAAAUCCCUGGAGGUAGAAUCACUGGCCCAAAGAAAGGUACAUUUUAAUAAGUCAUUUGAUAGACUCUCCUGUCUUCCAUCCAGGCUGUAGGGGCUUAUAUUUUUAUUUCCCCUGAUUGCCAGUAAACCUAAGCAUCUUUGCAUAUUCCGGGCUAUUUAUAUUUCCUCUUCUGUUGGCUCAAGUCCUAGACUCUUUGUCAUUUUGUUAUUAGUUUGUAGUAGCUCUUUAUAUAUUCUGGAUCUUCAGAGUCAUAGACGUGACGAACAUCUGUCUCUGCUGCUUAUCUUUUGGCUUUAUGUAUGGUGACCUUUACUCAAUAUUUUAAAAUUUUUUGGUGGUCAAGUCUCUCUUUUGUUAUGACCCCAGAAAAUGCCUUCCUUGAUGUAUGGUAUCAAAAAUAGAGAAAUAAGUGGUUUAUGAGAGAAACUAACCUCAGAGCUUCUCCCACCCAGUGUCCAGCCAAAUCUCCUAAGAACAUUACAGCUUGUUGGAACUGUUCCUUCUUUUCCUUCUUUUUCAUGUUAGCACAUAAAUUAAUGUCCCACUGGCAAGAAA